AUGGUUGACAAAGGUCAUAAUCAAAAAGAUGCAGGAGAACUAAAAACACCUAAAAGAAAAAAAAAGAAGUCUAUAGAUUCUUAUCCAAUGGAUAAAGAAUAUUUAGUACAAUUUCAAGUAGAAAAUAAUGAAAUCCAGCGGGAAAUUGUAUCAACGAUGCAACACAGAAAUACAAUUGAAGAGAAAAAAGUUGCAUUGAAGAAAAGAAAUUGGCUAUUCUUUUACAGAAGAAUUCACUAG